GACCCCUGGGCGGAUCAUCAGCCUCUCGACACGGUGAUAGGCAGCGCGGUCGUGAACCCGCUCCUGCCGGAGCCCACGCAGACGCCGCCGCCCACCCAGCUCUCCCUGAAGCUGGCGUCGGGGUGCCCGCUGCUGCAGGAGUGGCCGGACAAGGUGCUCGUGGACGCGCCCGACCCGUGCAGGGGCGCGCCUGCCGGGACGGAACUGGACCAGCGCCGCCGAGGAUAG